AUGGUGUCGCUGAGACUAGUCCCAUUGGCCAUCUCAGCGGCUUUGGCCCUCGCUGGCAUGACCAUUGCGGACCAUGACCACGAUGAAGAGACGACAACCACAAGAGAAUACGAGCCCACGAAAACAGGGGAUAGCGAGUCCACGAAGACAACUACACGGACUCCUGCGACAAUAACAAUCACCGUUGGUCAGGUCAGUCACAAGUUUGACCCUCAAGAAGUCAAAGCCAAACCCGGCGAUACUGUCCGUUUCGUAUUUGCCGCUGGUGGCCAUCGUGUCGUUCAGGCGGCAUUCAAAUCCCCUUGCGUUCCAUACAACUGGACAUCCCGCGUUCAUGGUUUUGACAGUGGCGUAAUAGAUCCAUCGCAGGACCCGGAUGCAAAACCAUGGGACCUACGGAUCAAUGAUACUGAGCCCGUCUUCUUCUAUUGCGCUGCCCCAGAGUCCUGCAUUAAGCAUCAUAUGAUUGGCGUCAUCAACCCCAAUCGUACUUGGUCUUUCGCAGAACAGCUCAAUUACGCUCAAAAAGCUGAAUUCCAACUUGCUCCUGGUGACCCAUGGCCGUCUGAGGGCGCUGGUUCCGGUGCACUCCCAACUGCUACGAGCUCCUCUGCGUCACCAAAUGAACAAGACAAGGACGACGAUGACAGUAGCGGCCUCAGCACUGGUGCCAUAGCCGGCAUCGCUAUCGGCGGAUCAGCGGUACUCCUCGGCGCCGGUGCACUAAUCUACCUGUGCGGUCGUCGGGGCGGUUUCGACAAGGCGUAUCGCAAGGCCUUCUUUCUAAACCCGAGCACAGCUCAUCCCGGAAGCGAUUCGUUCUCGCCACGUUCUCCCAACAUGAUCGAGGCCAACUACGCCAACACGGUUGGUGCUGGCGGCGCCGGCAAUGCUCUCAACAGCCCCAAGAGCCCUGGACAGGAGUCAUCUGUGCUGUCGACAUAUGGUGCCCCUGCUGGGUAUGAGCAUCUGCGGAACUCGAUGGCAUCAUCGCCGCCGUUUAGUAGCAUUCCUUCGAGUCCACAGGGCAUGCCAGUGGUGCCAGGACCGGGACAGGGUAAUGGAGGUCUGUAUGCUGGGUAUGAUACCGCAUACCAGGGUGCAUAUCCACAAGCUGGACAACGACAAUACGCAGCGUAUGCACCAGCACCUGCUGAGCUCCCAGGAACCGAAGUGCCUGCUCCCACACGAUCCCCUCCACCCGGGUAUAAGUGA